UUUCUGAGAGAUUAACCACAUAAUUAGCCAUGGUUAAUUCAUCAAGUUAAAUUCCAACCCAAGGUUAAACCAACCAUCAUCACUUCCUUUUCUCUUCUUCUAUUACUUUCACUUCCUUUUUCCACUCUCACCCUUCUUACAAUUGCAGAUUCAAUUCUCUAUAUAACUAUUUUCUCCUUCUUUUUAUAAAUCCAAAUUUCUUCCUUUUUUUUUUCCUUCUUUCUCUCUUUUUUGGUGAACCACUUUAGGUAACCAGAUUGCUCCCACAACUGCACAUAUAAAUAUGCCAUCAUAGAACAUCAUAGAAGGGAAAAAAGAGAAACUUGACAAGGCAACACAUUUAAAAAUCCAUUUUUUAUUUCCAUUCGCACAUCCCAUUUGAGUUUUUCUUACAUUUUUUAUCUUUUGGGGCAAAAGGGUGUUCAGAUUGAGGCCCCAAUGAAGAGGUCUCCAUCAUCUUCUUGUUCAUCAUCUUCUGAAACUCUCAUUGCUGAACAAGGAAAAAGAAGACCUAAUUAUCCAAGGAAGAAAAACUUGAAGUCACAGCAAUGCAAGCAGAAUCAAACCACUUGCAGAAGAAGCUCUAUCUAUAGAGGAGUUACAAGACAUAGGUGGACAGGUAGGUUUGAAGCUCACCUAUGGGAUAAGACCUCUUGGAACAACAUUCAGAGCAAGAAGGGUAAACAAGUUUAUUUGGGAGCAUACGAUACUGAAGAAGCUGCAGCCCGUACCUACGAUCUUGCAGCCCUGAAAUACUGGGGAAAAGACGCAGUUUUGAAUUUUCCGAUAGGAAAUUAUACAAAGGAUCUUGAGGAAAUUGACAAAGUUUCAAAAGAAGAAUAUUUAGCUUCUUUGCGGCGCCAAAGCAGUGGUUUUGCUAGAGGCAUAUCUAAGUAUCGUGGGGUUGCUAGACAUCAUCAUAAUGGGCGUUGGGAAGCUCGCAUAGGAAGAGUGUGUGGAAACAAGUAUCUUUAUUUGGGAACAUAUAAAACUCAAGAGGAGGCAGCUGUGGCAUAUGACUUAGCAGCAAUAGAGUACAGAGGACUGAAUGCAGUGACCAAUUUUGACAUAAGCAACUACAUUGACAAAAAGAAAAAGGACCAAACUCAAGAAACAGUAGCACAAACAGAAACAGUUCGCAACUCCUCAGACUCAGAAGAAGCAGAAGUAGAACAACAACAGAACACAACUACACCAACCCCUUCUGAGAAUCUGCACAUGGCAGCAGUGCAGCACAACCAAGUUCCACACACACCCCUUGUGUAUCCUAGGGAAGAGUCAUCAUCACUGGUCACUAUUAUGGAUCAUGUGCUUGAACAGGAUCUGCCAUGGAGCUUCAUGUACACUGGGGUGUCUCAGUUUCAAGAUCCAGAUUUUGCUUUCAGCAAAGCUGAGGAUUUAGUAGCAAUGUUUGGUGGUGGUUCAGGGUUUGAGGAAGACAUUGAUUUUCUGUUGAGCACAGAGCCUUGUUGUGAGACUGGGAGUGAUACCAAUAUGAGAGCAGUUUUUGAUAGCAUUGAAUGUGGUGAGGGUGGUGAAAACAUGGUGCAUGGGGAUAACAAGCAGAAGGAGAUACUAUCUUUUGCAUCUUCUUCUCCAUCAUCUACAACAACUUCAGUUUCUUGUAACUAUGCUUAGAUUAUUGGGUUUGUUAUGUAUGUUGUUGGGAUUUGUUGUGAUAGGUGGUGGAUGGGUGUGAACAAUAGAUGACUUGUGAAAGUGUUCAUUGGUUUUAGGAUUUACUUUCUCCAAACACUCUCUUUUCAUUUUAGAAUGGAUUUUAGUUUAAAGGAGCAAAAACCAAAAAUCUGAUUUGGAGGGUGGGGGAGUAGAUGGAGAGGGGAAAUUAAACUGAUCCUCAUCUUAGGAGAAAAUGCAGCAUAGGUUAAGAUCAAAACUUUUUUAGCAUUUGGGGUGCAAAAUGCAAAGCAAAGUUUCCUUUGUUUAAAUAAUCUGGCUUUCUUUUCCUUUGCCUUCUUAUUUUAUUGUGGCAUAAUAGUUGGUGUUGAGAUCUGAAAUCUGAUCUCUGGUUGGCUUUGUUCUACAUGUCGC